AUUGUCGUUUGAAGUUUAGUGAAUGAUGGGUGUAAAAUGUCAACAUUCGUUUAUUCCGGGGGUGUUCUAAUAGUGAAGGUUCAUGAAAUGCCUCAAAAACUGCACAAAACAGAAUGGGUGGGUGCAUAGGAAUAACGCGCAGUCGAAGCGGUGCAAUAGACGAUUCCUCAGGGUCAAUUUCGAGACCCAAUUCAGGCAGUACACGUAAAAAUCAUCCUCUGUGCCACGAGACGAUCCGCUGGAAAUCGGACGUGCCUCUGACUGAGGGCCAAUUAAGGAGCAAACGAGAUGAGUUUUGGGAUACUGCCCCAGCAUUCGAGGGCAGAAAGGAAAUAUGGGAUGCGUUGCGUGCGGCUGCUGUCGCCGCAGAGGCCAUGGAUUUUGAGUUAGCACAGGCCAUUCUCGAUGGAGCCAGUGUGUCAGUUCCUAAUGGUUACUUGACUGAGUGCUAUGAUGAGUUGGGUGCGCGCUACCAAGUCCCUAUUUAUUGCUUGUCUUAUCCCAUCAAUAUUGUAAAAGAGGACAAUGGCAGGGAUUCACCUGCAGAAUGUUCAGAACCUGUGGAUGGUGGCACUGAGACUGUGUUAAAAUUAAGGUUAUCACAUUCUUGCUCAGAUGUUAAAUUGUCUGUUUAUUCUACAGACACAAUUAGUAUGUGUAAAAAGAAACUUCAGAGUCAGGAGGGCAUAGAAUCGUCACGUCAACGGUGGUUCUUCGGCGGCAAACUGCUGGGCGAUAAGCUGCAUGUUGAAGAGGCCAAGAUACCCUCGGGCUAUGUCGUUCAGGUCAUCGUCAACACGGAAAACUCGCCUAUCAUGAAGAAAGCCUUAUGAGUCAAAUUUUCUCAAGUAGUUUGUAGUGUUUUCCAUAGAAACAUCACUGUCAACUACAAAGGAACAACAGGACCAGGAUGCGAAAGCUGUUGCGGUUCCGUACGCAAAAACUAACAAUAAAAACCAUGAUACUCCGGGGGUGAGUCGAAUCAAACGUCCUAAAUCCGGUGCAAUACAGGAGACCGUCAGCUCAAACACACUCAGGAACGAACCGAAACAUAAAUCAAACUUCAAAUUUCCGAUUCUAUCUCUUGUUUUUAUUUUGUUUUUAAAUGAGAAAUGAAAACAUGAGACAAUAAAUUGUAGUGUACGUUUUCAAAGCAUCAGCUCUUUCUUCAUUGCAUUCAAGUCGACGUAGAACAUGUUUUGAUAGAUCCACCCUCCCUAGCAUUGAGAUUACAAAUUACUGCAUGAAGGACCAUAUCCUAGUUCUUAAUAGAAAAUUUAAUAAUAAAUUAAAAUGAUUAAUCCACAUUGGUUGUUGUUUCGAAAUUAAGAUUUUUCACGUAGAUUUUGUAGGGGCGGCGUGCGCCACGUGUCCCAAAAGAUAUCGGCGAACUAUAGAUUAAAUUUUGUUGUUUUAUAACAUCUUAACACAGCGACGCUGAAUUUUUAUUUGAACAAUUCGUUAAUGCCGGAAAUCUUUUCUACACACGAAGUACUGUGCGCUAUCCCAUUUUCGACUGAGUAUGUAUUUUAAUUUGUACAGAUUGAAUUUAUAUUGCUUUAUAAUUGACUGGAACGUGCUUUUUGUAUUAUAUAAUUUAAUAUGCUGUUAAAGAUAAGAUGCAGGUUAAUUAUCUAGGGGAUGAAUUUAUAUUUAUUUUAACACAUGCAAUGACAUAUUUAAGUUUAUGCUUUAACUAAAGGAAAUUCUUCCAGUACAUUGUUUAUGCAGCAAAAGAAUGUUACUUAUGCAAUAUAAAAACACGUAUUUUUAUGACAUAUUGUUUUUAUGAAAUUUAAUAUUCACAAGCAAUAAAACAUCUUUCGUACUUUUGCCUAAGAAAAAGCUUUACAUGAAUGAACAUUUGACAAUGUGAUAUAACUGAGCCUAAGCCUUAAAUUCAUCCCCGCAACAUAUAUGUAUUCUAUAGUUGUAUAUUGUGUAAGUUUUUUAUAUAUAUAAGUUUUGAUUUUAAUUACAUUGACUGUUUAUAUCACUUGUUGGAUGAAUCGUCAGUAUUUUGACUGAGGAGACUAUUUUUCUACACUUUGGUGUGGAGUGUUUAAAUGUCUACUUAAACAAAUCGUUCAGUCGGUAUCGUUUCUUUCUUCCUUAAAGUCCUUUAAUUUUAUUCUGAAAGCAUUUUAUAGGUUGCGUUUUGUACUGCCGAUAAAAAUGGUUGUAAAUAUCUAACUGCCAUUCUCUAAGAACACUAGUGUUAAUUCAUUUUCAAUUUUUGUUGGAUAGAUAUAGACAAUCGGAUGGCCGUCCACUAGAGUCACAAUAAAUUAGUGGAUUAUUGCGGAUGUAGAAGUUGGAAGGGAGAAACGACACAUGAACAUGUAAAUACAUAUAAUACUCACUGAUAACAAAAAUAAAAACAAAAAGACUGCAGUUAUGUAGGAAUUAAUGAUAUUAUUAUUAAUUAUUGAAAAGGAAUAGAACAAGCUGAAGAAAUAUGAUCAUAUAUUUCAAGAAAACAAUAUUUAAUGUUAAAUUUUGUAUUGUUUAUUGUAUCAGUGUGUAUAAAUAUAAUUUUCAGUAAACAUUUUGUUACUA